AGCCGGGUGGAAGGAACAUGAGGGGACUGCUGGGCAGCAGCUGGAGAAAGUUUGGCCAUGCUGGCAGGGGGACGUACGAGUGGCUAACCAGCGAACCCAGCCUGCCACUUCUGGAGACCCAACUGCAGGGCACCCAGCAGGUGAGUUCCGCCCAGGCGGAUGUGGAGCCUUUCCUGUGCAUCCUGCUUCCGGCCACCAUCAUGCUUUUCCUGGCCUUCCUGCUGCUCUUCCUGUACCGACGCUGCCAGGCCCGACAGGUCCAAGGCCAGGUGUUCAGCAUCGACCUCCCAGAGCCCACUUCCGGAGAGGUGACCGACUUCUUGCCCAGUCUGCCUUGGGGCAGCGAGCAGAGUGUCCCCUACUCCCCACUGCCAGUCUCUGGGACUCUGCACGUGACCUGCCUGCCACCCUCCUACGAAGAAGCCAUGGGGAACCCGCCUGGGAAAGAGGUCCUGGACACACUGCCUCAGAAUAAAGAAGAGUCACCCUGA